AUGGGACAGCUGCAGACAGGCAUGGUACAAACCUUGUUUAUUAUCCUCAUUAUAAACGCGGAGAUAUUACUGUAUUCAUGCUGCUCUGAAUAUAAAGACACGAUUGUAAGUGGAGACGCCUUGUUACUGAGGACUCGCGCUGAGGACAUGGUCUUAGUACUGCACACAAACCUGCUGGGCUCCAUGCUGACCUGUAGGGCGGCGCUGAAGAGCAUGUUACACACCAAAGAUGCAGCUAUCGUCAAUAUAGGCUACAUCCGCACAGACAUGACGGCUGGGGUGUCAGAAGCCCGUCUGCGCUCCGUCCCUCUGGGCCGGUGUGGGGAGCCGGAGGAGGUGGCCCGCGCCGUGCUCUUCCUCCUGGAGUCUCCGUACGUCACAGGGCAGGUGCUGGUGGUGGAUGGGGGGCUGCAGCUGGUCAUGUGA